AUGAUCGCCCUCUCCAUCGACAGCGUGGAGGAUCACCUGGGCUGGAGCAAGGACAUUGUUGCCUACAACACGGAGCAGCCCGGGUCCAAGUUGCCUUUCCCCAUCAUCGCGGACGCGAAGCGGGAGCUGGCGGUGCAGCUCGGCAUGCUGGACCCCGACGAGAGGGACAAGGACGGCAUGCCCCUGACUGCGCGCUGCGUGUUCGUGAUCGGCCCCGAUAAGAAGAUGAAGCUGUCCGUCCUCUACCCUGCUACCACAGGCCGCAACUUCGACGAGAUCCUGCGCGUGAUCGACUCGCUGCAGCUCACGGCGCAGAAACGCGUGGCCACACCCGUCGACUGGAAGCCUGGCGAGUGCGUCAUGGUUCUGCCCAACAUCCCUGAGGCCGAGGCAGCCACCCUCUUCCCUGCUGGGGUCUUCACCAAAGACCUGCCCUCUGGGAAGAAGUACCUGCGCUACACGCCCCAGCCAUGA